AUGGCUUGUCUUCCAUUAUUGAAGAUCCUUGAUCUCAGACAGUGUCAUAGCCUUACUGAAACUACUGACUUCUCAUGUUGCCCCAAUCUAGAGAAAUUGGUUCUUGUAGACUGUGAAGGCCUGGUUGGUAUCAAUGAAUCCAUUGUAAAACUAGAGAGACUUGCUUACUUGAGUAUGAAGAAUUGCAAAAAUGUUAGGAUGCUUCCUAAAAACAUCUUCACGCUAAAAUUGCUUGAAACAAUUAUUGUAUCUGGUUGCAAAAAUCUUAGUGAGUUCUCAAUUGAGAUGUUGUGGAACAUGGAGUCUCUGAAAGUGCUUGAGACAGAUGGAAUUCCAAUAGGUGAAUUCUGGCCAGGAAGAAGUUUAUCUAUCUUGAGUUGUUUACAAUCCUCCUUAGUAGAGUUGAGUCUUCAGGGGUGCAAUCUUUCAGAUGAUUCCUUUCCUAGGGAUUUUAGUAAUCCAGCCUCGUUGCGGAUACUAAAUCUAGGGCACAAUCCAAUUUGUUGCCUUCCAAAUUGUGUCCAAGGAUUAACAGGGCUCAAUGAACUCUUCUUUUGGGAAUGUAGAAGGCUCAAGUCCCUUGUGAGGUUACCAAAAGUAGGCCGACUGCACCUGGAAUUUUGUGUAUCACUGAAAAAAAUAGCAAAUCAAUCCGAUCAGUUUCAAAAACACACUACCUCCUGCUUUCACAACGACAAUCUAGUUGAAUGGGAGUAUAACUACAAGCUAGAACCCAUUGGAAGAGUUGAUGUAAAGAUUAUCAACCUUUUGGGCUUGUGCAAGUUGGAAUCCAUGGCACGGAUUCGGCUUCGAAAACCAUACCAGUCAAGUAAUGGUGACGAUCUGAAUCCUGUCCAGGGACUGUACGAACGUGGUAUAUUCAGCACAUUUUUUGCAGGGGAGGAGGUUCCUGGCCAGUUCAGCCAUAAAAGUGGAGGGUCCUCAAUAUCUUUUACUGUGCCUUUACUUGAUAAUUAUCACAGAAUUGGAGGCUUGAAGGUCUUUGCUGUGUACACAAAACAUGCCAAUGAUUCUCCUUGGGCUUUACCUGGGCCAAUGAUUACUAGAGUCAGAAAUAAGAGCAAGGGCCUCAAGUGGAUCUAUGCCCCAUCACACUGCGGUAUUCCAGGUAAAGGAGAAGACAUGACAUGGUUAAGCCAUUGGAAUUUGGAGGAGGAGGUUCACUUGGAUGGUGGCGAUCAAAUGGCUGUUUCUGUAAUUAUGGAACCUUGGCUCCUGGUAAAGGAGUUUGGCAUCCAGCUUGUGCAGCAGCUGCAAAGUACCCAACACAAAACCAUUGAUCCUUAUAAUGUUGUAUGUGUCACGAGUGGACAUCCAGAUCAAUAUCAGCCAGGAGUAUUCUUGCUCUCACGCAGAAGUGUACCGAUAAAAGAUCCGAUUUGGUUCAAUAAGAUCCUUGGAGACUCUGAUGAAGAAGAUACGACAGAAGAAGAGCAAACAAUUGCAGCAGCCAAGACAGACGGAAAUAUUAACUCCAGAGGCCUCCUCCGUGGCUGGAAGUCGCUCAUCACUGCCGCUCGCUUCUUUCUCACGCUUCUCUUAUCACUCGCUCUUCUUCACUUUCUCACAAAAAGAAGGGACAGUCCAAAAGCCAUGGAUGGAUGA